UUUAAUAUAUUAUUUUUUUAUAUCAAAAAAUAUAUAUAUUAAAAUGUCAAAAGAGUCCGGUAGAAGGUCCGUGGAUAUGGGCGCCGUGAACCGAAGUUUGAGGAGAGGCAAAGCUAAAUCCACCUCCGACGGUUCGACCUCACGCGGUUCUCGAGGAAGACACUCCGUCUCUUCCUUUCCUACUAUCCCCGACCACUUAAUCGGGGACGCUAUGGCGGAUGAAGAAUUCGACCAGAUUUAUUCUGGUAGAGGGGACGCAAAUCUCCCCACUCUUGAUAGUCUAUUCGAAGAUCUUGAUGAAGCUGGACUGGAUAAUCUAGACGGGGACGAGGAGCCUACACCGCAGAGCAACGACGUCGACGUGGAGGCAGGGUUAUACGGCACUGUACAAGAAGAAACAGCACCACCUCCGCCCCCGAAAUCAAAAAAAGGUUUUGCCGGAAUAGUCGGUGGUCUUCUUGUAAAGAAAGGGAAGCGUGCUCAUUCUUCGACGAGUUCAAGUGGUACAACAGUAAGCUCGCACAACGAACUUGCUAUGUACCAGGGUGUGCCAUGCGAUUACGACGACGACGACGUGGAUUUUGAUGUGCUCGGAUGGUGGAAGCGGAACGAACACAUGUUCCCAUGUCUCGGCAUGCUAGCAAGACAAGUGUUAUCCGUUCCGUCGUGUGAUAUGGAAGAAGACGGGAAGUUCCGAAUUGAGAAGUUUGAUGGUACAGAUUUCAGUUGGUGGAAGAUGCAAAUUGAAGAUUUGCUGGUUCAGAAAGAUUUGGACGCGGUUUUGGGUGACAAGCCAGAAAAGAUGUCAGAUAGAGAUUGGGCAGGUUUGGAUCGGAAAGCAAUGUCCGUGAUCCGUCUCUCGUUGACCAAGAAUGUUGCGUUCAACAUUCUGAAGGAGAAGACAGCGAAGGGAAUUAUGGAAGCGCUGUCUAACAUGUACGAGAAGCCAUCUGCAGCUAACAAAGUUUUUCUGAUUAGAGAGCUGGUGAACACAAAAAUGAAAGAAGGCACUUCAGUUACCGAGCAUAUUAACAAGUUGAAUUCGAUCUUAGCCAGACUUUUGUCAGUGGGCAUUAAGUUCGAUGAUGAAGUUCAAGCUUUACUACUGCUAUCGUCUUUACCUGAUAGUUGGUCCGGAACGGUUACAGCGGUUACCGGUUCAGUGGGACCUGAUGGAUUCACCUUUGAUCUGAUUCGAGAUCUCGUUCUUGGCGAGGAUGUCAGAAGAAAGAGUUCUGGGGAGUCAUCUGGUGAAUUGUUACAUGUUGGUAGAGGUAGAAGAAAUAGCAGAGGUAGUGGGAGCAAGAACAGACAAAGGAGUCAGUCGAAGACUCGUGACAGCUCAGGUGUAACGUGCUGGAAGUGCAAGGAGGUGGGGCAUUUUAGGAAUCAAUGUCCGAAUGAUAAGAAAGUGAACAUUGCUGAAGGCUCCGCGAGUGAUGAAGAGGUCCUUCUUACUUGUUGUGCGGAGAGCAGUGUAGAUUCCUGGGUCAUGGAUUCUGGUGCUUCAUUUCAUGCUACCCACAGCGGUGAAGCAUUCCAGAAUCUGGUUAUUAGAGACUUUGGAAAGGUACGACUAGCAGACGACAGAGCUCUUGAUGUGACGGGCAUGGGUGACAUAGUGUUGAAGACCCCAGUCGGUUUCUGGACUUUGAAGGAUGUCAGAGUUGUUCCAGCUUUGAAGAAAAGUUUGAUUUCUGUCAGGCAGUUGGACGAACAGGGACAUGAGAUGAAGUUCAGGGAUGGGCAGUGGAAGGUCGUGAAGGGAAAUCUUGUCAUGGCCCGUGGAAAGAAGAGAGGUUCGCUGUACAGGGUCGAGUUACCAUCUGAGGGAGUGAUCGUCCCAGUUCAGAAAAGAAACAAAGUCCGGUUCACAGAGUCUCGUGGUGGGAGCUCAAGAGGCGCUUCAGCCAAGUUGCCUAGAAGACAGUGGGUCAGGAGAACCAGUAUUCCAGCUGUUGGAACAUCUCCAGAAAAUUUCUUGCUGAGUACGGAGAGUGUUUGUUCUCAGGAUGUUUCAGGAUCGGGCAGUGUGCGUCUGCAGUGGGAGCCGGUAGGGACCGAGGACGAGUCAGGGGCAGAUUUUGCCGUGACUGAUGUGUUGGAGCUUGGGAGAGCUUCAACGGGCCUUUCAGUUGUCUGAUGAUAGGGCCGCUGCAACAGGAGAGCUGAGGAAGAUUACUCGAAGUACAGGCGACCGUGGCGGAUGGCAGUUGAUGUUUAUCAAGCCUCCAAGUGGGAGAAUGUUGGGUUUUGUGGAGGCUAGAUAUGUUUGG